AUGCAUAUCUCCACCGGUGUCAUUGCCAUCUCGGCCUCUCUCUUCUCCGUUGGCCUUGCUGCCAGCAGCGCUCUGUCCUUCACCAGCUUCCCGACUGAAAUCCAGGCCGGCAAGCCUGUUACGCUGACCUGGACUGGUGGCAAUCCUGGCGAGCCCUACACUAUCAACCUGCGCAAGGGUAAUGCCGGCAACCUCCAGGACGUGGAGACCAUCACCUCGAACGCCAAGGAUGGCAAGUUCACAUGGACCCCCGACAGCAACGUCGCGAGUGGCACUCCGUACGCCUUCCAGAUCAUGCAGGGCAGCCAGUCCAACUACUCUGGGCAGAUGAAGGCUCUUGCUGACAAGGCUGUGGCAUCUGAUGGGACCACCGCUGCCACUCAGGCCACUCAGGCCACCCAGGCUACGACUGGGACUGGCACGACCACAGCGCCGACCACAGAGGCAACCCAGACUGGUGCCACUACUGGUCAGACCACCAGCACGGGUAGCAAGGCCCUGAUCAGCUCGUCGGCCUCCAGCGCUCAGUCUAGCAGCGCAGCACCAACUUCGAUGGUGACUGAUUCGGUGAUGGGCAGCUCGAGUGCGACGGGACACCACAAGGCGAAGCAGACGGGUGGUGUGCAGAACGGGGCCAGCCGACUGCAAUAUUCGGCUGUUGUGGGGGCAUUGGCUGUUCUGGCGUUCUUCUUUCAGUAG